ACAAAACGCGCACCCUUUUCAAACCCCUCUAACGACCGGACUCGAUGGUUCAAAUAUGUCGUCUCCAGAAUUAUCGGCGCGUCUACGAUACUUGAACGACUCUGCACACCUUCUAGCAAACACUGCUCCCUCAACCUCAAGACAGCUUCGAUCACGGUGCGAUGUACUGAUGUCCGAGAACGACCUGGGCCCCUCAGACGCACAUAGGCAGGAUGCAUGUGGGGCCUGUGGUACCAUCAUGGUAUUGGGGUGGGCGGGCACAAUGAAGACUGGACCACAGCCAUCUCGACGAAGAAAACCGCGACCGGACGGCCAAGCUAUUAAGCAGACGAAAGCCCUGAUCUACGAGUGCAAGACCUGCCACAGAAAGACUCGAUUCCCUCUCAGCGAACCACCUCCAGCCACCAGAUACAAAAAAGCAUCAUCGAAUAGCAAAAAGCGGGCGAAGGCGCGAAAACGGGGUGGAUUGGAGGCUCUCUUGACCGCCAAAAAGGCAGGUCCUGAAGCUUCGGGCUUCGGACUCGAUUUAAUGGAUUUUAUGAAGAAAUCGUGA